AUGACGAACGACGCGUCGGGGCCUACGUUGCAUCCGUCCUUUGGGCACCCGGGUUCGUGUUUCGUGUAUCGGCCUAAGGCUGUCAAUGCGAAAGAACCUGACGCUGAUGCGCCUGCGAUACCCAUCAUGGUGCCGGAAACGGCUAUCUAUAUGCUCUUUGCGCAUCGACAGUGGCGCGCCGGCAUGCUUCUAGCUGAUGCCAUAUAUACGCAUGCCUUCGAUCUGGAGGACAAGUGCGUGCUGGAGCUGGGCGCUGGAACUGGCCUUCCCUCGCUUACAGCGGCGAUCUGUGCGAAAGCGCGCAAAGUCGUGGUCACAGACUAUGAAGACGAGACGAUCAUUGCCACGCUGCGUGCGAAUGCCCGGUACACGAAGGAAAUCAAUCACGACAUGGCACCAUUGCAGGUCGCAGGACACACAUGGGGAAGUCGCAUGGACGACGUACUGGAUCUGCUCCCGCCGACGCAUUCGCAUUUUGACGUGGUGGUGCUCGCCGACUGCGUUUGGGAACGAUUUUCGCACGACAUACUCCUCCGCUCGAUCAAGGACCUACUUUCUCGAUCGAAAGACGCACGCAUUUACAUGGUCGCUGGACUACAUACGGGUCGAAGUACGCUGGUGCACUUUUUCCGGCAUGCCUUGGCCAUAGGACUCUGUCUCGUACCAGUGCCGCCAGCCGACGUGUGGCCCACAUGCCCGCAGGAGACGACGGCUUUGCCUGGCAGCGAGCACAUCAUGGAGCUCGAGGUCGGUGGCACCUGGGACGAGCAUGAGACACCGUACCUGACGGGCCAACGCCGGCCGUUUUUGCUGCAUCGCGGCUCGCCAGAUCAGGAGGACGAGCCGAUCCAGGUUCGGAAUCACUGGCUCACUGUAUCGUGUAUGGCUUGGGCCGCUACGGAAGCCACUCCUUAG